AUGGCUGCGAAUGAUUUUGAAAACACACCGGAUGGGUCAGUCCCAAGUCUGAUGCUGAGUACAGAGCAAAGCGAAGAUGAAGACGAGGAUGAGGACGACUUGACACCUCUCGAAUACGCGCGUCAACAAGGCCUUUCUCGCAACUAUUUGACAGACACCAGUGCGUACGAUCACAUCGAUGCACUUCACCAAAACCUCGACUGUCAUGUUCGUGAUGAUUCGCAUCUUCCCCAAGUGGAUUUCGGACCUGGACCCCGACUAGAGGAGCGUCUGACUCUGACUCGGGAAGCUGCACGACUUCUUCAAGAAAUCAAUAGAGACGAUACCGAUGAUUUUGUUGAAGCUCUGAUGCUAUCGAGUCUAGAUGUUCAGAGAGUCAGAAAACUACGAAUCGAGCUUCCUCUGCUGAAGAGCCACCUGGAAACGGAUCUGAGGAAGUUCGCGCGACGUGAUGGCUUCGAGAUUGAUUUGAAAGAUAUCAAACUACCACUUGAGUUGGUAGAUGAGAGUGCGGGCGAAGGUAUGACAUUCCCAGAUCGACACCAUGAGUUGGGAUCCAAGAUUAUUGAAGACUUGAAGAUGGAGAAGCUGGCGGUGUCGAGAGAGGCGAUUUCAUUUCUUCAAAGAGCAAUCCAAUCGUCUUGGACACGAGAAGACGAAGAUGAGCUUUGGAGAGGUGAGCAGAGAUAUCGCAAGAAGAAAAUCUACGAACCUGUCACUCCUCCACUACUGCCGAUGUCUCCCCCGCCAAAACUAUUCGAACCUUCUUCCUCGGAUCCUACGUUUCAAGUUCCGCUGUUAGCUGACGAUGGAGAUGAUUUAUUCAAAACAGACUUGGAGAAGAUCGAAAGGGAGAUAUUUGCACAAGAUGUCCCUACACCACUUCGCAAAAGGGUCAAAGUGGAAGGCAAUGGCAGCGACGAUUCCACUCCUCUCAAGACCACACAAGAACAAUUGGAAGAAGUAUGCCGUCCUUUCAUGGAAAGUGCCACCACACCACCAACUUCGACCGAGCGAUUCAAGUCAGAGAAAUACAAAGUAGAAGACAUUCUCACCCCUCCAAUGCCCAAAGUCAGAUUCAGCCAAACAGUCGAAUUCGUCCAGCCAGAGCUCUUAGACGAAGUUCCGCCCCCAGGGUCCGAUGAGAUCAAAGAAACGCUUGAAAGUAACUUCGGCGAGGCAUAUAAGAAUGUCACACAACGUAUCAAUCAAGAACAACUAGAGCAGAAAGACGUCACAGCGCGAGUUAGAAUCCCAUACAUGCCUGGAGAUAUCCCAGAUCCGCCAUGGAAGCCUUUUAGACAAUGCAGAACCCCGGCGGAAUUACUGGAAUUGCAAAAAGAGAUGAUGAGAUUGACUGUCGGGACAAACUUGAAGACUUGGAAGAGACCUAAUCAGCUUGAACUUAGGUGGGCUCCAUUUCCGCGUGCGAUGACGAGAGUUGAUUUCAGUGAGCCUGCCUUGGGUGAUGAUAAGACGUGGGAACAGUUCUUGGGUACCCGGGAGACUGUUAUGACCAGUGGAGAUAUGACUUGGAAGCCUCCUGGAUUACGAAUCUUGAAGGAUGAGGAUGAUGAUGAUGAACUGGAGCCGAUGGAGAAGGUUGAUAAUCAGAUUCGUCAAGAUUUAUUGUCCUUGGUUAGGAAGAGGAAGUUGGAACUAGAUCUUAGAGAUCUGGAUGAGCAGGAUAUCAACGCUGUUCCUGGAGCAAAAGACAACGCUCUACUCUCGAUCAAGAAGGAGAGCGUAGAGGGAGUGAAAAAGAGGAAGAACACACCAAAACCUCUCAUCAGCGCAGCAAACACAGGCCUUCAGAAACUCAAUGAGUUACCAGAACCGAAUAUGCUCCUCGGCGACGAAUUCUCAGCUUUAGACAUGAUUGGAAACUUCAAACAGCUUCGCGGCGAAAAGAAACCCAAGCCUAUACCGAGCAACUACUUCACUCAACCUCCCAAGAACCCAGCAGUUUCACUACAACUCAACUCCGAUCCCGCACACGAAAAAGACCUCCGCCUCCCUCACCACCCUUCCCCAAAGCCCCUUCUCCACCACAAACCCUCCCUCCCCCUUGCCCCGCUCAAACCCCCCACCACACCUCUCCACAUCCUCAUCUCAACUCUCCUCCUAAAAAACCGCCCCUUAAUCAAAACCCUGCACUCCCUCCUCCCAACCCUAAUCCUCAUCGAACGUGAUUUCUCCACGCACAACACAUCCCUCUGGCUCCCCGGUUCCGUCGCCCGGUCCCCCGUCUCUUCUCCGCUAGACUCCGAAGCUGAUCUAAUCAUCUCGCCCAAGACCGGACUGGUGCUUACUACGCUUCAGAAAAUACGGCAGAAAGUGUUGCCAGGGAGUAAGGGACGAAAUGCGAUUCAGGAGCGGAUUGCGAGGGUUAGAGGGCGGUAUGAGAUGCUGUUUGUGCUUGUUACAGGUGAGGAUGGGGUGGCUGAAGGGGAUGCUGAGGCGCUGUGUGAGAUUUCUGGUUUCGCUGCUGGGGGAGAGGGGAAUGUAGUUGUGUAUUUUGUCGGCCCCGAGGACGGGCUCGCGCGGUGGAUAGCUCAUAUGAUCCUCUCAUACAGGAGUUCUGAGGGCGGAGUCUUAAUCGAGGACGAGACGCACUGGGAACUAUUCUUACGACGGGCAGGAAUGAAUGCGUAUGCCGCGCAGCAGGUGAUUGCGCAUCUGAAGGCGCCGGAGGGCGUGGAUGCGUUGAGUCCUUCUAAGGCGGGCUUGUAUGGGUUGACUGCUUUUGUGGAGAUGGGGAGGGAGAUGAGGGUUAGACGGUUUGGAGCGCUGUGUGGUGUGGGUGUUGUGGAGAGGGUUAGUGAUGUUGUUGAUGGGGUGUGGAUGUGA